AUGCCCUCGGUCUUUUUAUCUAAUGCGCAGUCUUUAAGGCGCAAGAUUGACGAGCUUGAGAUCUGGGCAAAGUACAAACGUGAACUUAAAGAAUGUUGCCUGCUCGCGAUCACCGAGACGUGGCUUAAUGAAGGCGACCAGGACAGCGACUUGGCUCUCACUGGAUUCGGCUGUCCCAUCAUACUAGACCGCUCCUCUGAAGCGACGGGGAAAAGCCGCGGAGGUGGGGUCUGCUUCUAUGUAAAUCAACGAGCCAACGCCAGUGCUGCCACUCAGCUGAUAGUGGAUCAGAAAAUGGCUGUCUCCAAAGAGGUUAAGGUUGAAAUAGCCAAGGCUAAAGCCAAGUACAAAGAAAAGAUAGAAAGUCAGUACGUAAAUGGCGACCUAAGGAAAAACAAGGUCAAUCCCACUCAUAGUAUAACUCAUGGCGAGAAUGUUGAAAUCGUGGACUCUUAUAAGUACCUGGGCACAGUGUUUGACUCUCAUCUCAAGUUCGAUAUGGAGCCAGUAUUCUGCUAUGAGUCCAGAAAUGGCUCAUGUCAGAAGACCAUCUAUCCCUUGCCCGUACGCAUCACCGUCUACAUGAUUCUAGGGGUCAUAGUCAUCCUAACAGUGUGUGGAAACUUUUUGGUCGCUGUCUCAAUUGCCUUUUUUAAGCAGCUCCGUACUCCAACCAAUUACUUGAUCGCCUCUCUGGCUGUGUCCGACCUUCUUCUAGGGCUGUUAGUCAUGUUACCCGCUAUGGUUCAAUGUGUAGAGACUUGCUGGUAUUUUGGUGACGUCUUGUACCGACACUAUGCUGUUUGCCAACCUCUACUAUACAGCAGAAAAAUAUCUGUUAAUGUUGUGUUGAUCAUGAUUCUGGUCAUUUGGAGUAUUUCAGCUCUCAUAGGCUUUGGGAUGAUUUUUCUCAAAUUAAAUAUUUGGGGGAUUGAGGAGUUCUACUAUGAGCACAUUGCAUGUGAAGGAGGAUGUUUUUUGUUUCAGAGCGCACUCUCAAGUACAGUCUCAUCAGUAUUUUCCUUUUACAUUCCAGGAAUCAUAAUGCUUGGCGUUUAUCUUAAGAUUUUCCUAGUGGCACAGAAACAGUUGCACAGCAUACAGAACACAAGCUGUAUGAGCUCAGCAAAAAUAUCAAAUAAGAGCCAGACAAAAGCCACUAAAACACUUGCUAUCAUAAUGGGCGCAUUUCUGUCUUUUUGGGCUCCUUUUUUUGUCUGCAACACCAUCAAUCCCUAUAUCAGUUAUUCAACGCCACAUGCGUUGUUCGGAACACUUUUAUGGUUGGGUUACUUGAAUUCUACUGUGAACCCUUUAAUAUAUGCAUUCUUUUAUAGUUGGUUCAGAAAAGCAUUUCGAUUAUUCACUUCAGGUAACUUCUUUAAAGCCGAUAUCUCAGAAACAACACUUUUCACAGAAUAA